AGAUGGUCUCCAUCAUCAAUCAAUCCAUGAUAGAGAUGAUGUGGGUGUUCUUACUCUCAUAAAACGCUAAUUUAGGGCCACCGAACAAAAAGGUCGGGUGACGAGGUGAUCCACAUAGACACCUAGUUUUUCCUCUCACCCGUUCACGCGAUAACGAUUCGCCACGGCGAUUCAUACUUUGAUUGACCCCCUUCUGACACACAAAAUGAGCCCUAAUUUCAUUUAAUUCAAUCAAUUUCCCCCUUUUUGAUUUGAUCCUUUUCAAUCCCUCAAUUCUCCCUUCCUUUAUAGAAUAACCUACCAAUUUUUGCUCAAUUAUCUAAUUUACCUCCCUUUUUCUUCAAUUUCACAUUGAAUUUAUUUCUAUUUUAUCUUCUCACUGUUUUUCUUUGUAGCUCUCUGAUUUUUCUGCUGAUUUAUUUGGGUUGAUUAUUAUAUUCCUGUGAUUCUUUAGGAUAAAUUGUGGGUUUGGUGAUGAAAGUUUGAAUCAUGGGUAGUAGUGAAACUGAUAAACCAGCUGAAGACCUAAAAGCACCGGUUGCAAUCAGCACACAAGAGCAAUCUCCGGCUGUGAACACCGCCACCGUAAAUGCUGAUUGGACUGGGUUUCAGGCAUAUUCACCUAUUCCACCACAUGGCUUCUUGGCAUCUAGCCCUCAAGCUCACCCCUACAUGUGGGGUGUUCAGCCCAUGAUGCCUCCAUAUGGUACUCCACCUCAUCCAUAUGUGGCUAUGUAUCCUCAUGGUGGAAUAUACGCUCACCCAUCUAUUCCUCCGGGUUCGUAUCCCUUUAGUCCAUUUGCAAUGCCUCCCUCAAACGGCAUGGCUGAGGCUUCUGUAACUACUACUGCAAAUGCUGAUGGAGAUGGCAAGCACACUGAGGGGAAAGAGAAGUUGCCGAUUAAAAGAUCAAAAGGUAGCCUGGGCAGUCUGAAUAUGAUUACUGGAAAAAAUAAUGAGGAGGGUAAACAAACUGGACCGUCUGCUAAUGGCACGUGUUCAAAAAGUGCAGAGAGUGCUAGUGAUGGUUCAAGUGAAGGAAGUCAUUCUAAUUCGCAGAACGAUUCCAGAGGAAGACAAGAAGCGCAAGAAGUUGAUGGAUCUCAAAGUGGAAAUUCAGCUCAUGUUUCUCAGAACGGUGUUUUAAAUGCGCCUCAUGCAAUGGUGAAUCAUGCAAUGACUAUGCUGCCUAUGACAGCACCUGGUGCUCCAGCGGCUGUUCCUGGACCUGCCACUAAUUUAAAUAUUGGAAUGGACUACUGGGGUACUCCUGCUUCUUCUCCUAUUCCGGCUAUGCGAGGAAAGGUUUCUUCUGCUCCGGUAGCUACAGGAAUUGUUCCAGCUGGAUCACGGGAUAACUUACAAUCACAGCUUUGGUUGCAGGAUGAAAGGGAGCUUAAGAGACAGAGACGUAAACAAUCUAAUAGGGAAUCAGCUCGAAGGUCUAGGCUGCGUAAACAGGCUGAAUGUGAUGAGUUGGCCCAGCGUGCUGAAGCAUUGAAAGAAGAGAAUGCUAAUCUUAGAUCAGAACUUAGUCGCAUGAGAAACGAUUAUGAGCAGCUCAUGGCAGAGAAUACUGCACUUAAGGAGAGAUUGGGUGAUAUUCCUGAAGACGAAGGAUCCAAACGAGAAAAUCAUACGGGUAAUGAAACUCAGGAGAGCAGAAAAACCGAUCAAGCGUAGGAUGGUCAUUGAGAUUCUGAGUCAUUUCCAAUCUGCUUCCAUGAGUUUUUGAGGAGCAUAACUAACGUAGUUACUUGAAAUCACUUGUAUACAGUCAAAUUUAGUUCCAGGAUCGUAGCAUCUACUGCAUAUUGUUUAUAAAUUUUUGGGAUCGGUAUUCGGUAUGCAGUCGACGAGCUUGUGGCUUGUGUAAGAUUACCAUUUGUAUGUGUUAGUAAGAGAUAAUAGUAGCAGUUCAAUCUUAAAAGUUGAUCGCCCUAAAUGCGGCUUACACAUAAUACGACUCUUUUAAGGAGAGUUAUGUAACAAUUAAGGUAGUUGUAUAUGAUUUACUGAAUAUGUUUUAUAUUCUGCUUUGCCA